CGAGCUCGCCGUCCUUGGCGCUGGCGGCGGUUCGAGGAAUGGAGCUGCCGGCCACGCUCUCGCGGGCGCCCGCGACGUCGCAAGCGCGGGCGGGCGAGGAGGCCUACACGGAUGCGCAGGCGGAAGCGGGGCCACCGCCGCGGCGGCCGGCCGCAUUCUACAGCUCCGUGUUCGCUCAGAUCGAAGAGAUCGGGUGGGAGCGGGUGGUGAACGCCACAGGGGAUGAUGGGGUGUCCUGUCUCACCUUCCGCGUCGUGGAUGAGAAGGGACGGAUUCAUUUACUGGAGAUCACACUGCCCAUGGGCUAUCCUGCAAGUCCCCCUUCAAUCGCUGCGGAAGUACCUUACCUCCCGAAAAUACACUGGUCGAAUAGCUCAAAACUGAAAGAUGUUAUUUGCCAGUUUCAAGAGCACUUGAAGAUGUUACAAGAGUUUUGGUCUAUAAUGGAUGAGAUUGAUAAGGUCCUUUGGGUGGUUGAUGCAACAAAGCCAACCUAUGCUAUGUCCCAACGCCUUUUAGCUUUAGGUGACGAUUGCUAUAUUUUACUACAUGUUGACCCACGCAAGCCCAGCUCCUUACCAAAGUGUCGCUUCUUGGGUCCAGAUGGCAAAUUUGAUCGGCUCAUCAUGAAUUGGAGAAAAAAUCGCAAAAGAUGGGACACAAAGAAGAAAUUUCAUGAAAACUUGGCGGGCGUCUUGGAUUUUGCGCUGCCUGCACCACCUUCAGUCAGUAGCGUCAAAGAUGACGAGCAAGCUGAGUGCGGUAUAUGCUAUGCCAAGCACCUGCCAGUCGAUGACGAGCUCGGGGCACACAGCGGGUGCGCGACCGACUACACGUGCGAGAACCCCAGCUGCAGCAGAGCCUUCCAUUCCGUCUGCCUGCGGGACUGGCUCCGCUCCAUCACCACGACGAGGCAGUCCUUCGAUGUCCUGUUCGGGAACUGCCCCUACUGCAGCGACCCCGUUGCCGUCAAGGUCGCCGACCGCUAAACUUGGUCAGCGUUUACAAGAAAGCUCUAGACCGUUAGUUACGUGGAUGCAUUCGUCAGGUUUGGCCGGGGCGCGGAGCUGCAAGGAGGUCGAAAUUGCCGCCCCCUUCUAGAGAAGAGAACAAAAGUGAGAAAAGAUAGGGAGUUUACCGGUUUACCAGCCUAAUCGGUCAGUCAGAACCGGUUUCAACGUCGCCCCUCUGUUCUGGAACACACGCCCUUCUAGAUUUGGAACGGCGGUUCCUCGUUUAUGACUCUGUGGCCUGCAUUUGCCGUGCCUGUUUCUGUAUUUUGUAAUCCUUACUCAUUAGCCCUGGACGGUCGCGGUCAUGGUCGCUUACCAACCAAUCAGGUGUGCGUGUGUGGCAUGUGCUCCUGCGGCCGAUGGUGAUACCUGCCAAUUAUUCGAGAUGAUUGGAAGGAACGACGCCAACGGCUGAUGAGUCACAGUCACAGUGCCCCCUCCGUGUGGUGGAACAGCCAGAGCUGUUUGGAUGCCUGCCUAAGACGCCACGCCACGCCACACAUUUCGCGCCAUAGGUGUGGCGGCCAAAUCGACCGCCGCACCUUAGGCGCGGUGUGGCGUCUAAAGCAGCCAUCCAAACAGCCCCUAAGUACCAAGUACUGUAGCGGUAACUUACCAUCCCCUGAAAGCCGUUCAUCCUAAGAUCAACGGCUAGAUCAGUACUCGAGCUACAGUGUCGAACAGUACCCGUGCAAAAGUGUUUUGCUACAGCUGCUGCUACAGUACCAUUGCUGCAGUGUUUGUUUCUCUCGUUUAGCGCCAGUUACGCUGCGUCACUGAAUCCUCC